CCUUGGUUUUCUAGAGAGAGAGAGAGAGAGAGAGAGAGAGAGCGCAAACUGAGAAACACCACACUGUUGCAGUUCCAAUUUCUUCUCGGUAGCUCAUAAAAAAUGCAAGCGUUUCGACGAAGAAUCACAACAACGACAAUCUCCAAGGCGAAGCAAUUCAGCGCUCUUCCGUACAUUAUCGCCGGCGAAGUUCCGGCGACUAGACGGUGGUGGUCGAGCCGCAAGUCCCGGAGCGGCGAGGACGAGUGGAACGAGGCGUGGGAGACGGCGUGGCUUCCGGACGACCUGACGCCGAAAACGCGUGCUCCGUGGGAGAGCGACGUCAACUUCCCUUCCUCCUCCGCCCCUGCCGCCGAGGACGGCGACGAGGAGACGAAGGCAUUCGUGGCGGAGAUGAACGAGAAUUGGAACGAGCGGCGGAAAGGAUCGAAGGAGAAGGAGAAGAGAGAAGAGAACGGCGCGCUUUACAGCUUGGAGAAUAUGAAAAAUGAUUACCGGUUGAAGAAGCAGAGGAUGCACGCUGGCUUGUGGAUGAAGGAGAUUGAGAAGCUCGAGGAAGCGAAAUUGGGCGAUUCUGACAUUGCUGGUGGUGAUGACAUUCAGAGAUUGCUUGAUAGUUGCUCCGACAUUUUUGACCCUGGCAAUAAUAAUCUCAACAAUGCGCAUGUUCAAACUUCUGAUUUCAAAAACAUGCCUGAUGGAUGGGAAACAAUAUCAAAAAAUCAAGAAGGAAAUGUGUGGGAGAUGUCCCAGAGAGAAGAAGAUAUACUUCUCCAGGAAUUUGAACGACGUAUUGCCUAUAGCAAAUUUCAGAUUGCUAGUUUUAUCAAGACUCAUAUAUUUAGCCGGAGGAGGCCAAUUGAUGGGUGGAAAUAUAUGAUUGAGUUGGUGGGACCAAAUGCUAAGAGAGGGAAGGGUAGUGUUUCUAGAGUACCAAGUCUAUCCGAUCCCUCUACCCAACCAUUUAAGGAGGAGAAAAAUUCAGUUGAUAAGACUUAUGUACCCCGUGAGAGAAGGUAGCUUGGUCAUGUGGUGUUGUGUAAUCACUUUUAUUGUGCAGAGGUCGUUUGAUUCUAAAACCCUGCAUGAAGGAUAAAGCAAGUGACAAUAUGACCUAGGAUGAAUGUGAUAUUAAUUGGUGGUCUAAAAGCAAAAGGAAUUUUCUCAUUUGCGAUGUUAGAAGUUACUUCAAAUGUGGAGUAAUUAAACGCAGAUGUACACGAAGAUAUUAAACAGGGGAUCGCAAAUUUUAUCAGAUGUUUUAUUUUCUUGUCCUAAUCAAGCGAAGAAUGCACGAGAGGUUUCAUCAAGAAUUGUGGAUGCAUCAAAAUAUAAACAUGGCUGAUGGCGUAUAUUAUAUUCAUUGAACUUACAGAACUAGAAAAUAAUUGAUGCCCUCUGCCUGUUAAAACAUUGUAAACAAUUAAUCUCAUCAGACUGAUGUGUCUACACAUAGUAUCAUAUACGUAGUGGCAUGCGAUAGCUUUCUUUUUGUGUGCAUAUGACUCUGAGUGCAUUUCAAUGAGAGGGGAAAUAGAUGAGUAGAAACCUGCAUUUUAGCAGAAAGCUUCUGACUGAGAAUCGAAAUUGGAAUCGAUAUUACGGUUAACGUUUA